CAUAGGGCCUUUAAGUCAUAUACGAAGAUGCUAACUGGUUAAUGAGCCACAUGGGGUGGCUGAUCUCAAGCUCAGCCAGCUUUCUUGUGUGGUCAACGUUGAAACCUACGCUCGUGGUAAAUGGUUUCUAGAAAGUUAGCAAAUCCAAACAGAUCGGAAGCAUCCUAGUGUGGAGUGUGGACCGCCAGCCAAUAAGACUGGGCUUAUCCCUAAUCCCACGAUAGAUCAUAGAUGCCCUGGUCCCUCACUUUCACUAGCAAGAAAAUUAAUUAACAAGUCUACUGUACUAUUUCUCCGGCAAGGCUCCACGGAGGUAUAAGUUACGGCGAACCGCGUGCCGCGCCGCGCCGCGCCGGUAGUUCCACCUGAAAAGGAGACAUGAAGCAGUCCGUCGUUCUUUACCCCAGCGCCGGCACCGGCCACGUCGUGCCGAUGGCGGAGCUCGCCAAGGUCUUCAUCAACCACGGCUUCGACGUCACCAUGGUGGUUGUCCCUGAGUUCUCCAGCCAAUUCAAGCGGGUCGCCGCGGCCAAUCCGUCCAUCUCUUUCCACGUCCUCCCGCCGGUCUCCCCGCCGCCUGCCGACGUCGCUGGCUCCGGCAAGCACCCGUUACUCUCCAUGCUGAAGACGCUGCGACGGUACAACGAGGAGCUCGAGAGGUUCCUCUGCUCCGUGACCUCGCGGCAGCACCUGCACUCGCUGGUCAUCGACAUGUUCUGCGUCGACGCGAUCGGCGUCGCCGCGAGGCUGGGCGUCCCCGCGUACACGUUUGCCCCGUCCAGCGCUUCAGCCCUGGCCGUUUUGACCCAGGUCCCCACGCUCCUGGCGAGUAGCCAGAGGGGUUUGAAGGAGCUCGGGGACACGCCCCUCGAGUUCCUCGGCGUUCCCCCCGUGCCGGCAUCGCACCUGAACGCAGAGCUGCUGGAGCGGCCGGAGGAAGAGCUGUGCAGUACCGUGGCGAGCGUCUUCAGGCGCGGCAUGGACACCAGGGGAGUUCUGGUGAACACUUUCCAGGCACUGGAAACCCGGGCGUUGCAGGCGCUCGGUGAUCCCCGGUGUGUCCCGGGCAAGGCGGCGCUGCCUCCGAUCUACUGCGUUGGGCCUUUAGUUGGCAACAGCGCACGGGAUCCUCCUGCAAGAGCUGGUGAGAGGCAUGAUGAGUGCCUCAGAUGGCUGGACGCCCAGCCGGAGCGCAGCGUUGUGUUCCUCUGCUUUGGGAGCAUGGGUGCGUUCUCGCAGGAGCAGCUUAAGGAGAUUGCCACUGGGCUGGACAAGUCCGGGCACCGGUUCCUGUGGGUCGUGCGCAGGCCGGCAAGUAGUAUCUUCGACCCCAAGAGGUUCUUGGGGCGCCAACCUAAGUUGGACCUCGACGCUGUCCUCCCAGAGGGAUUCUUGGAGCGGACAAGGGGCCGAGGUCUCGUGGUCAGGUCGUGGGCGCCCCAAGGAGAGGUUCUCCAGCACCCUGCGACGAGUUCAUUUGUGACCCACUGCGGGUGGAACUCGGUGCUGGAGGGCGUCAUGGCUGGGGUCCCGAUGUUGUGUUGGCCGUUGUACGCGGAGCAGAGGAUGAACAAGGUGUUCAUGACCGGGGAUAUGGGUGUCGCGGUGGAGAUGGAGGGGUACCAAACAGGGUUUGUAAAGGCUGAGGCCAUAGAGGCGAAGAUCAGGCUGGUGAUGGAGUCUGAGGAGGGGAGGGAGCUCAGGGUCCGAGUGGCGGCUCGCACGAAAGAAGCCACGGCAGCGAUGGAGGCCGGUGGCUCGUCGCGUGUGGCUUUUGCCCAAUUCUUGGCGGAUGUGAGGAGCACUCGACACAACGUUUGCAAGUUAUGAGAUUUUCGCAUCUUUUCUGACUUUGUAAGGCAAUAUCCAUCAGCUUACCUAUAAAACUUACUCUAUAAAUAAUAUAGUUUACAAUGUAAAACAGUGUAAACUGCUGGACUUGGUCUAAUGACCGUUUACCCUAGUUUUGGAAUA